GUUCCUCCUCUGUUCACCACGCACCAGUUGAGGAAAGUCUUCUCAGUGCAGGGGCCUUAUCCCGUCAUCCGUGCCGCCCUGUGGGCCAGAGGGUGGGUGGAGCGGCGUCUGCCCCGACCGGCGCAGAUACCGUCCGCGUGUCAUGGAGACGAGGAGGAGGACGGUGACGAAGGUGACGCCUGUGCUGACGUGACUGACAGGCUGGCAGAGGGCGAGAAAGAGGAGAACCUCGACGACGUCUACGAGCUCAUGUCUCGUCUGGUUCGAAAUGAAACGCCGUAUUUCUACUGGACAACGCGACGAGAUUACGUCGACUGUCGCUCUUUACUCAGCGACCAAAUCACCAAUCACUACGCCAAUGCAGGAACGUUUACCACCAAGGUGGGGCUGUGUGUGAACCUGAGAAACCUGCAGUGGUUCGACGCGGCAGAUCCUGAUUCCUUCUUCCCCAGAUGUUACAGACUGGGAGCCCAGGACGAAAGGCAGUCCUUCAUAGAGGACUUCAGGAGGACGGCGUGCACCAGUCUGCUGCAGCACGUGGUUGAAUCAUGGAGGAGAGGAGGAGCAGAGGUCGAGGAACGAAAAGCACUUUCUGAAAGAUUAAAAAAUCUGAAGCAGCGCUGCGUCGGCCCGGAGAUGAUUGACACGGCGUUACAGGUGUGUGAGGAGUUCCUCAGCAUCUUAGAGCACGGCGACAUUGAUGUCACCGUGGAAACGCAGCCAGAGGAGGAGGAGCAGCGUUGGUCGGAGUUCCUGCAGAACUACUACCUGGUUGUGCAUGAAGGUGCAGUGAUCGGAGGUAGCGGUGCGUUUGUGCAGCGUUGUCAGACCAUGUUGACCAGACUGCAGGAGUGCUGCCCCCAGCUGGACACAGAUGGACUGGACAACAUCUGGAUCAUCAAACCAGGGGCCAAGUCAAGAGGGCGUGGCAUCCUGUGCCUGAACCGCCUGGAGGACGUGUUGGCUCUGGUUGACUUAGACAGAGCCAUUAACAAGGAGAGUAAGUGGGUGGUUCAGAAAUAUCUGGAACGUCCUCUGUUGGUCCACGCCACCAAGUUUGACCUCCGUCAGUGGUUCCUGGUGACAGACUGGAACCCCCUGACCGUGUGGUUCUACAGAGAGUGCUACCUGCGGUUCUCCACUCAGCCCUAUUCAACCAAAAACCUCAACAGCUCCGUCCACCUCUGCAACAACUCCAUCCAGAAGCACUUCCAACCCUCCCGUGACCGCCACCCAGGGUUACCGUCGGACAACAUGUGGUCCUGCUCCCAGUUUAAGGCCUUCCUGCAGCAGAAGGGUUUGGGGAACACGUGGGAGAAGGUGGUGGUCCCGGGCAUGCAGAAGGCAGUGGUCCACGCCCUGCAGACGGCUCAGGACCUGGUUGAGCCUCGUAAGGCCAGCUUUGAGCUGUACGGAGCGGACUUCAUGUUGGGCCCAGACCUGAGGCCCUGGCUCCUGGAGAUCAAUGCCAGUCCCACCAUGGCCUGCUCCACCGCUGUGACCGCCCGCCUCUGCCCUGCCGUGCAGCUGGACACACUGAGGGUGGUGCUGGAUUGGCGGGCGGAUUCCGCAGCCUACACCGGAGGAUUCCAGCUCAUCUACAAACAGCCUGCAGUCGAAGUUCCUCAGUACAUCGGCAUGAACCUGCUGGUGGAAGGAGCCGCUGUCAGAAGAUCCAAACAUCUACCUCAGCCGUGUCUGUCCAUCCAGUUCCCCUCAGACCAGACUUCUUCGGUACAGGACGACAGAACACGUCAACCUCCGCUGCAGCAGCUUCACAGAGUUACUUCCUGCGGCCUUUCGUGCAAAGAGAAUCAAACUGUGAGAGACAAAAAGACACAGACCGCAACGACUUCUACCAAGAAGUUACAUGAGAGGAGAAGAGAGAUUCACAAUUCUCAGAAUCCUCCCCGACCUCGUGACAGUGAUCAGCCUAGAGCAGCAGGAACAGUAACACAGAGAAAAAAGCAGCGUUUGCGUCACAGUGCCAACAGAACCAGCCUGGUUCCACGAAGUCUUUCUUUUUCCCUCGGCUCCACUCAGAAACCUAAGCCCAGUCAACAACUUCCCACAUCACAUGUCACCCGGUUCUCCCUUCCUCAGGCAGUGGUUGAGUCCCAGCACAGAACUCCUCCACGGGCCUGUCCUUCGCUGCAAGGUCCUCUCCCAACCCUGGACGUCUUCAGCCUCAAACCAAACGUAGUGUCUGGAGCCGCCGCCUGUCUCAGUCUGUCCUCCCAUCGCAGCUUCUACAGGCAUCACUCGUUCCUCUGUCCUCGCAGACAAACCAUGGCAAAAUAUAAAGAAGAUUGUUCUGGAAAACAGUAACAAGUGGAACUGAGAGUUCUGUGGACGGAACGGACAGGAAGCAGUUUUGAAAAUAAUAU